GUGGCGGCCGUUGGAGGCUUUGAACGCCCGGGCGGCCGCGGUGCGUGUUCGCUGCCAUGGCCUCCUGCAGCGCCCCGCUCAGCCGCUUCGACCGCAGCUCCGGUGAGCCAAAUAUGAACAAUGAUAAGAGUGUAACUACUCCUGGAACUGUAAGGAGAUGUGCAUCCGUCGGGUUAACACCAGCUAAUGGGAUCCGGAAGUCUACAAAAGAUCUUUUGCUUAUGAAAGAGAAAAAGAAACAGAAGGCACUGGAGAAGGAGAUUCGUGCACUACUGAGGGAGCGUGGAGAGCAGGAUAAAAAACUUACUGCUCUGGAUGAGGAUUUUGUUAAGAUUGAAGCCAAGCUGAGUGCUGCAGUUCAAGAGAAAACAUCUCUUUUGGCAAAUGUUGCAUGCCUGAAAAAACAGCUUCUGGAAUUAACGAGAACCAAUGAAGUUCUGAAGUCAAAGCUAUCCGAAGAUGGUGUGCAGAAGAAAAUGAGCAGCUUGUGCAUGGAAUUAAUGAAGCUGAGAAACAAGAGAGAUGCUAAGGAAAAGACUGCACUUGCAAAACAGGAAAACAUGGAAAUGAAGCUGCAGGAAGUGCAAAGGAAUCUUGAGCAUUCCAAAGGAAAAGUAGCACAGUUACAAGAAAAACUGUCUGCUACUGAGAGAGAAAAAGUCGAGGAAAAAUCUGACACUGAAAAACUUUUGGAAUAUAUCACAGAGCUCAGCAGUGUUGCAGACACAGUCGAGAAAUACAAACUAGAUGUUGCCCAGAUGGAGAAAACUCUGCUACAGAAAGACCAAGAUAUUAAGAUCCUGAAGGAAACCCUCAAAACAAAAGAGGAAGAAUCAUUUAAACUGACACAAGAACUUAAUGAAAGAUGUCAAAUGCUUCAACAAGAAACAGAGAAAGAGUUGUCUGAGAUCAGAGGAAAAUUUCAGAGGAUGAAUACCGAAAUGGAAGACCUGAAAAAAGUAAUUGACAUAAAAGAACAACAACACCAAGACCUGCUUUUGAAACAUGACAACGUUAUUUCUCAACUGCAGCAAGAGAAGGAGUCAUCUGUGUUAAUGCAGCAGAAGUUACAAGAGUUUCAAGAUGAGGUAACAAGUGAGAGACGUCUUCUUGAAGAAGAGCUGAAUGACACAAUGAAUGAGAUCAAUAAACUACAUCUUAAGGAGAAGAAAGCUGAAAAGUUUGUGAAGCAGCUGGAACAAGAAAUCCAGUCUCAAGCUCUUGAACUUGCACAGAUGGAUGAGAAGUUAAAAAGGAAGAAUGAGGAGUUGGAGCAAAUCAACAAAACACAUAGCAAGGAGUUGGAGCAAAUCAACAAAACACACAGCAAUGUUGUCUUGCAGAUCCAAGAAGAGCAUAGCAAUAUGUUGUGUAAACUUGGGCAGACUGUUGCUGAGUUUGAAAGUUACAAGAAGACAGUAGCUGAAGAAAUAAGCCAUCUUAAACUGGAGAACACCUCUCUGAAAGAAGAAGUUACCAACCUAAAAAAUAAAGGCCAAGAUAACCUACAGCAGCUUCAGGAAGCAGAAAACACUAAAAAUAAAGCAAAAGAGGAAUGUGCAAGGAUGGUUUUGGAAGUCCAGACAAAGCUUGCACUAAAAGAAGCAGAAGUGGAGAGAAAAGAGUCUUGUCUUGCACAAAUGACUGAACUUCAGGAAAAACUGAAAGCAGAAACUGAAGAUCUGAAAAGAAAACUUGAAGUGGAAAGCUCGAGGAAAAACAUAAAUGAAGAUGUGAGCUCUAGCUUAAAAGAAGAGAUAAAGACCUGGCGUAAUCUGUAUGAGGACUUGCAUAACAAAACUAAGCCUUUUCAGCAACAACUAGAUGCAUUUGAAGCAGAGAAAAAUGCUCUCUUAAAUGAGCAUGGUGCAGCCCAAGAAGAACUGAAUAAACUAAGUGAUGCAUAUGCUAAACUACUUGGCCACCAGAACCAGAAGCAAAAAAUCAAGCAUGUUAUGAAACUGAAGGAAGAGAAUACUCACCUGAAGGAGGAUGUCUCAAAACUGCGUACAUUGCUAGCAAAAGAAAAGCAAACCACCAGAGAUCUUCAGGAGCAAUUAUCUGCAAUUCAGGGCAUCAGACGUUUUCAUCCUUCCAAAGCUUUCCAGCAUGAUCGCAAAGAAAACAUUCCUCCAAAAACUCCUUUUAAAGAAGGUAAUCGCCAAUAGAUGUACACAAGACUUGAACAGGCUCCAUGGGGAACUUGGAUGCUGUAUAUAGUACAGUUUAGUAGGAAUAGUAGAGAAAUGGUCCAUAAUGGUUUGUUUUUAGGGAAAACUCUGCUUGGUUCUACACUUAGUGAGAAGCCAUAGCUUCUAUAUAUGUCCUAGAUUCCUGCUAACUCUUGCACUCAACUGCCAGAAUUAUGCAGGUUUUCACCUUUUUUAUGCUGAAGCUGCCUAGUUUGUUUUUGACAGAGCAACUGAAGUUUAGAAGAGGUAAGUCCAGGAGAACGAGGGUAAGAUGAAAUCUGAUUUUAAGUUAAAUUAAUUUUGCCCUUCAUGGUUACUUCAACAGCAAUGGCAGUAAUCCUGCCAAGAGACCCUUUUUCAGCUAUGGCCUAGAUAAUACAGAACAAAGGCAGAGAACUGGACUGUACAGUUUUUAUAUUCUUAAUGGGAUCUAUAUUCAGCACAUGCUAAUUUAAAUCCUGGGGCUGGAUAGUGUAGUGCCUUUUUCAAAAGCAGAUUUUCAGCUCAAGCUCAAAUUGUCUAAAUUUACCUACCUGUCUGCAUUAAGAGAAAUGUCCAAUUUAAAAAUGCUGUGCUCCCUGGAGGCUUGAAUUGUCCUAAUAUCUUUGAUCAAUUACAGCAGCUGCUUAUAAUGCUUGGUGGAGGAGAGCAGCAGAACUUGUCUUAAGGGGGUGGGAAGAUACUCACUAUCCACACAUUUACCGUGGAGACUUCAGUUUUGGCAAAGUGAAAUGAAUUUGUUUGUAUCUAAAAUUAAGAACAUUUUAACACAAUAAACAUUUUUAAUUAAA